AUGUAUUAUUUCGUCGCGAUAAUAUGGGCGUUCAUGGUGUCUGUCCCAACCGCACUGGCAGAAGACGAUGCCCAAAAGGCCGUUGUAAUUCCAGCAAGCGAAUACUUCGAAGGCAAUGACGGCCCUUGGAGCACAUUCGACCUUCGCGUCGGCACCCCAGAGCAAUAUGUCAGAGUGACCGUGUCGACGGCCUCGCCCCAGUCCAUGGUGGUCUUGUCGGACCUUGGGUGCUCGACUUCAGCUUUUUCCAAGGUGCCUUCUGACUGUGCCGUCUCAAGGGGGAAUCUUUUCAAACAGAGUGGCUCCUCGAGCUGGCACGACAUGGGCAUGUACGGCAUCAACCAGAACGGAGUGGGACUCGAAGCAAAUCUCGGAUACGAACAGAACGCCUCAUGGGGGCUGGACCGGCUGUCGAUAGGGCUUACGGGGCCCGGACUUGACAAUCAGACUGUGGCAGCGUUCGCGACGGCCAAGCCACUCUACUUGGGUGUGUUUGGGCUCAACAACCAGCCUGUCAAUUUUACCUCACUAGGAAACUACUCGUCGCCUUCCUUUCUUACCACUUUGAAAGACCAAAAGAAGAUUCCUAGCUUGAGUUGGAGCUACACCGCUGGCGCUCAAUAUCAGAACUCGGCCUCUUUCACUAUGGCGGACGAUGUCACUCGCGACCUGGUCGUUGCACUCCAAUCCAUCAGCUACAGCGGAUCGACCACGUCGACUCUAAUGGACAAAUCCAUCGAUAUCUUCAUCGACUCGACAGACUCCAAUCUCUGGCUGCCAGAGGAUGUGUGCGAUGCCUUCGAGAAGGCUUUCGGAUUGACGCUAGACAGCAAGUCGGGGAUAUAUCUCGUCAACGAGACACAACACAAUACGCUUCUCGACUCGAACGCACAAGUCUCGUUCAGGCUCGGUGACGUCAAGUCGGGAGGAGACACAGUAACAAUAGUGCUGCCCUACGCCGCGUUUGGAUUGACCGCGAAACCUCCUCUGGUCGAUGAGACCAGCUUCUACUUUCCACUGAAGCGUGCAAGCAGCUCUAAACAAUACACACUUGGGCGGGUCUUUCUACAGGAAGCCUACCUUACCGCAGAUUAUGAGCGGAAAACCUUCAACGUGUCGGCCUGCGUCUGGAAUCAGGGUGCCGAGGAACAUAUUGUCACUAUCAAUCCAAAGGAGUCCAGCUCGGUAACCAGCGGCGGGGGGGCUUCGUCGUCUUCCUCAGGGAGCUCCAAGCUCAGUGGUGGUACUAUAGCAGGCAUUGUCAUCGCCUGCAUUGCGGUCGCCGCUCUAAUUGCCGCGGGCCUCGCCUACGCGAUCCUGCGCAAGAGAAGGAAGUGGAUGAGGAAGGGCUUCGCAGUGGCAGCGACCAAGCCUGAACCGGACGAGGCAGUCCUCAAAGGGCCAGUCUUUAACUCGGAGCCUCGUUCCACAACCGAUAAUUCUACACCUUUCUCCGCUGCAGAUAUCUCCUCUGGCCCACGCUCGACGGCUGAGUAUUCGCGGUCCGCCGCCAACUCUUCGCCCGCAAGGCCGCCCACCAUCGGAGAGGAUACUACGGGUGCCCCCACCCAAGAGCUGGAUGGCCGGCCUGUCGCUGAGAACCCGGGCGUGUAUGAGCUUCCAGGGAGUUUCGUGGCUGGCGCUGCGGGGAGAAAACCAGAUCUGGGUCAACAUGAGCUACCUGUUGGUGGUCGAACGAGCCGGAUCCCAUCCACGAGAACACCUCUUCACACGGAAGAAGAAGCUACUAACGAAUCACCACCCUCGCCCUUUGUCUCCACCCUCGGGACUGACUGGGGUAAUGAGGAAAGGGCCAGAACCAGUGCCGCUCCCGUGUCGCCAACCACACCCACCCAUCACGAAGCGCGCCACUUUUGA